CCGGCAAUCCCACACUGAGCUAUCUAUUUAUUUUCCAGUGCCGCAGCCCUCACACAGGCAACAAGCAACACAAAUGACCGACUUUCUAACACCGGAAAGCCGCGUAUGGCUCAUGAACGACGGCCAAUGGCUUCCAUCCACCGUCCAGUCAAACGCAAACGGCCAGAUCUCGUUCAAGAGCGAUUACGGAAGCGUAAUUAACCACAAGGUCGAUGAAUGCACCCGCAAUAUCGUCACACCGAUGCAUCGAUCUAGCAUCGAAGGGGUCGAAGAUAUGGCGACACUUUCUGACUUACACGAGGCAGCCAUUUUGUAUAACAUCCAGCUGAGAUACAGAGCUGAUCAUAUCUAUACGUUUAUUGGGUCAAUUUUGUCAGCUGUUAAUCCGUACAAGGUACUUCCGGAUUUGUAUGGGAGAGAUGUGAUGGAGUUGUAUAAUAGGCAGCAUCUGGGUGAGAGACCGCCACACAUCUAUGCGAUUGCCAAUGAAGUGUAUUAUUGUAUGUGGAGGACAAAUGAGAAUCAGUGUGUUUUGAUCAGUGGUGAGUCAGGAGCUGGCAAAACAGAAUCAACCAAACUUAUUCUUGGUUAUUUGUCUGAGAUGAGUCAAGCGUCAGCCUCAGCGUCGACUAGAGAUGUCGAACAGGCAAUACUGCAAAGCAGCCCAAUACUUGAAGCAUUCGGUAAUGCCAAGACUGUCUACAACAACAACUCCAGUCGCUUUGGCAAGUUCAUUCAACUGCAAUUCAACGAGAAAGGAUUCAUUGAAGGCGGUCGCAUAUUGGACUAUUUACUCGAGAAAAAUCGAGUCGUGAGACAAAAUCCAGGCGAACGAAAUUUUCACAUUUUUUAUUGUUUGUUGACCGGAGCCGAUGCAGGCAUGAAGAAAAGAUGGAAUCUAUUCGAGGCGAGACAGUAUCACUAUCUGAAUCAGAGCGGAUGUGUCAGCGAUCCGACAAUUGACGAUAGUGCAGAUUACCAUCGAGUCAUGAUGGGAAUGGAGACGAUGGCAUUCACCGCAGAACAACAGAACGACGUCUUCCAGAUCCUCGCUGGUGUUCUUCAUCUCGGUAACACGCGGUUCUUAACAGCUGGUGGUGCACAAGUGGAAGACAGACGAGUGUUGGAGGUUGUCUCUCAGCUACUUAGUCUUGAUGUGUAUCAGUUGGAGGACGCUCUGACGAAGAGGUUGAUGGUGAUGAGAGGAGAGGAAAUCAACACUCCGUUGGAUAUGAAUCAGGCUGCCGACUCACGUGAUUCCAUGGCCAUGGCGUUGUACGCCGGUCUGUUUCGUUGGGUUCUCAAGAGGAUCAACGUACGACUCGGGCACAGCAGCUCUACGUUCUGUUCUGUUGGUGUCCUUGACAUCUUCGGUUUUGAAAACUUUGAAAUCAACCGGUUUGAACAGUUUAAUAUCAAUUUUGCCAACGAGAAGUUGCAGGAGUAUUUUAACCGUCACAUAUUUUCACUUGAACAGCAUGAGUACAACAAGGAAGGCAUUGAGUGGGUAGAGAUCGACUGGGUCGACAACACAGAAUGUCUUGAUCUUGUUGAGAAGAAACUUGGCAUUUUAGCUCUUCUCGAUGAAGAGAGUCGCUUUCCUAAAGGAACCGACGAAACACUUUUAGCAAAGCUUCAUAAAGCUCACGGGCAAAACUGGUACUACGUGAAACCCAAAGUCUCCAACGCAAAGUUCGGCAUUCGACAUUACGCCGGCGAAGUCUACUACGACACAACAGGCCUACUCGACAAAAACAGAGACACAUUUCGCGACGACAUUCUCACCCUACUCAAAGACAGCAAGUCUGAUUUUGUGUACGAUUUGUUUGAGCACAUGUCUCCGUCUGGCAGUGGGGGAAAGGGGGGUGGAGGACGCAGCGGGAAAGCGAUGAGAAAGAAGCCGACUGUGAGUUCUCAGUUUAAGGACUCGUUGCACUCACUGAUGGCGACACUCGGACAAGCCAGUCCGUACUUUGUUCGCUGCAUUAAGCCGAAUGUGAAGAAGGCCGACAGUCUCUUUGAACCAGACGUCGUGCUCAGUCAACUGAAGUAUUCAGGCAUGAUGGAGACGGUUCGUAUUCGACGAGCAGGUUUUCCCGUUCGAAGACUAUUUGCCGACUUUCUCUUUCGGUAUCGUGUAUUGUCUCGAGGCAUUGGAAAGGAUGUGGAAGACGAGAAAGAGAAAUGUAGUCUCGUUUUGCAGCAGUACGACAGCAGUGGGAAGCACUGGCAAAUAGGGAAGACGAAGGUUUUCCUUCGUGAGCACCUUGAGACAACACUAGAAAAGGCUCGUGAAAAGGAGCUUGAAGUCGUAACUCGAACGAUCAAAGCAUGGCUUCUUGGCUAUUUGAUGAGAAAACGAUAUCUCAAAACAAGAAGAAAGAUCAUUGCUUUACAGGCUUGCUAUAAGGCACAUUUUUACAGAAGGAGGUAUCUUUGUAUUCGUCGUGCAGUUAUUGUCUUCCAAAAGUUCACGAGAGGUCUUGCUGCUCGUCAUCUCUUCCAUCAGCUUCUAGAAGAACGUAGAAUUGAGGAAGAAAGACGACUUGAAGAAGAACGCCGGAGAGAAGAGGAACGACAAAGAGAGCUGGAAGAACUCGAACAGCAGCAGAAGAUGCAAGAACUUGCACAGAUGAAAGCAGCGCUUGCUGAAGAGGAACGGCAGAAGCAAAUUGCAGAGACUCGUCGGAAAAAGCUAGCACAACAGGAAAGAAACAAAGCUCUCAUGAGGGCAAAAGAGAUUGAAGAAGCUCGGAAGAGACAAGAAGAAGCCGACGCAGCAGCCAGACAGAAAGCAGAGGAGGCUUCUAGGAUGGCCGAAGAAGCGGCACUUAUUGCAGCAGAAGAGGCAGAGAGGCUUGCACAGGAGGAGGCUGCUCGCUUAGAGGCUGAAGCAGAGGCCGCUGCAAUUAGUCAGAUUGCGGAACUCGACUCGGCGUUGAGAGCUGCUGAAGAGGAUAGUGAAGAUGAAGAGGAUCAGAGUGUCUUGGCGGUUACCAAACGAGAGGGUGAUGACCUACCAACGUCUCCACUGAUGGGAGAAGAUAGAGUUAUGGAAGGAUAUAUUACAAUGAAAGCUGGGAACAAAUGGAAGCGACGAUGGUGUGUACUUCGUUUGGGAACCUUCAUGUACUUUCGGUCACGGCAGGAUUAUAUCAAAGCUGGUUGGAUGGGAAAGAAAGGUGGAGGGACAGGCACGUUGUCAAGGCGGAAUUGGACGAGGCGAUACUUUGUACUUCGCGAUGACAAAAAGUUGAGUUAUUAUGAGAGAGAUGAGGAGGGAGUACGACCAAGCGGAGUCAUAGACAUAGAGAAAGCCAGAGCUAUUCUUGACCAAGGACCAAAAGCUAACUCAUUUGGUGUGGAGGUGAUCGGUCGGACAUAUUACGUGAUUGCUGAUUCUCCAGACGAUUGUCGUGUGUGGGUAAACACGCUUCACAAAGUCCAGAAUGCGACACCUCAAGAGAUGAGAGAGAUGAAGGAGGACAGCGUGGACCCUAGAAACGCAGUGGGAUCGCUUGAUCUUGUUGUGAUUGAGUCAUGCAUGGCAUCUGGUAAUCAAGUGAGGCCGCACUCGUUUACAAUCACAUCUGCUGAUCGUGUUCUUCAUUGUAUUGCUGAAAACGAGGAGGCUAUGAGUGCUUGGAUUAGCGCACUACAACCAUACGGUGAGGGCGAAGAGGAAGGUAUUGCAAGAGCAGCGAUUGAGAAAGGAUGGCUAAUCAAGGAAACGACAUCCAAGAAAUUAAGAACGAAACGUUAUUUUGUGUUGACUGAGAGUGGUCUGGACUAUUAUAAGUCAUCGGACACUUCAACUCCUCCAGCAGGGCAAAUAUCUUUGAACAGUUUGUGCACCAUUAUUUCACCAGAUGAAGCAGCAGCUAAGGAAAAUGGCAACUGGACGUUUACCUUGAACACUCGACGUCGGUUUUACCGACUAACAGCAAAGUCCAACUCAGAUCUCGUUCGAUGGGUGCAAGCCAUGCAAGAGGUGAUUGACAACAAACCAGCGAUUAUCACCCCGACAGAAAAGUUGGUUGACGAUUUACGGGAAGCUGGGCCGAAUGACAUCGAGGCGAUCUACCGUGUCAAUCCCAUUCUCAGCUACACGAACGCUCACCUCAAGGCGUCACUACUGGCUUUACCUUACGGAGAAGUGCAAUUUCAGAAAGCGAAAACUCGUGGCUACGGAACUCUCCAAGAAGAGGCUUUGCGUAUCUUCAAUUCAUUGCAAGAUCAGGAGUCGCUCGGCAAUCCAAUUCCUGUCAUACAAGGCAUUUUACAGACUUGCUUCGACAUUCCUGGACUUCGAGACGAGGUGUAUUGUCAGCUUGUGAGGCAAACAGCGAAUCCUCCAGAGAAGGACAGUAUUGCUAUAUUGAGAAAUUGGCAGGUUCUAGCCUGCAUGUGUUCAUCAUUCCUUCCAUCCAGGAAAUAUCUUAGAUAUCUCAGAUCCCAUUUACAUAGAUCUCGAGAUAAAUAUCCAGGAAGUGAGAUGGUCAAGUUUGCUAACUUCUGCUCGGAUGCAAUAAAGAGAACGAGACCACGAGAUUUCCCGCCCUCAAAGGACGAAAUUAUUGCAUGUCUGGGAAGACGAGAGUUAACUGCUGUCGUCUAUUGCUUCGGUGGAGGCACAUGCAAGAUCUCCAUCACAUCAGCAACAACAGCAGGAGAGGUUGUGCACAAACUCUCGUUGGGCAUCGGGGUGCAAAACAGCAAGAACCACUUUGCAUUGUUUGAGCAAUGUGGCGACGUGUACAAAGCCAUGGAGGAUAGGGUUGUGAUCGCUGACAUUUUGGCCAAGUUUGAAAGAUACGAAGCGCAUGGAAUAAACGAGGGCGGCAAGCGGUGGAGAUUGUUCUUCAAGCUUUUCUGCUUCUUGGAGACGAAGGAUAUUCCACCAGACAGCCUCGAAGCCGGUUUCAUGUUUGAACAGGCUUAUGAUGACGUCAUGCAGGGCCGGUUUCCUGCCACAACUCAAACUCUUGUUCGUCUUGCCGCCUUACGGAUACAAUACGAAGUCGGAGACUACAGAUCUGGCGCUUCUAUUCCAGAUAUUGAGUCGAUAUUUCCAUUGAAAACGAAGAUGAAAGAUGAAGAACUGCCACAUAUUGACAAAGGGUUCACGUUGAGGGGCACGUUGCGAGGACUUGGGUUUAGCACAUUGAAGAAACUAAGGCAGCCGCAAGAAGAGUCACCUGCUCAGAAAGUGGUCGAGAAUGCAGAGAUUCAGGCUGUAAAGGUAGCAAUUAGUGAUCAGUGGAAGAAGUUGCAGGGCAUGUCAAGGGACGUUGCCCAGCAGCAAUACAUGGAUGUCAUACGGCUAUGGGACGGCUACGGAUCAACUCUAUUUGAAGUCGAGUACAAACAAGAUUCGAGGUAUCCAAACGAGAUGUGGUUGGGCGUGAAUGCGCGCAACGUCUCGUUGUACAAACGCGGUGACGUCCAACCUCUUGCUUCGUUUCCAUACGAAGUGAUUCUGUCGUUUGGGGCACCCGUUCCUAAUGUUUAUAAACUAGUAGUUGAGGGCAAUGACCAGCUGUCAUUUGAAACUCAGAAGGUGUUAGAAAUUGCCAAACUGAUGAAGGCAUACAUCAACGCAAUUGUGAAGGAGAGACGAGCACAAAGUAGUUGACAACCAAACGUAGGAAUUAAUUUCAAGUAAACUGUUUGUCAACAUGACAUUCCAGUGUAAUUCCUCAUUUUUUGCGUAUUUUUUAACACAAAACAUGCAUUAACAUUAAUUAAGUAAUGUGGGGGUAGCUUGAUCACGGGAUUUUAGUGAGAUCAUUGAUUUUAAUUGUUAGACGUGAUAAUAUCAAUAAAUUGACUGUUUACAAU